GGCCAUCAGCUGACCAGCGCAACAUCAUGUGAUACCGGUAUUACCGCAUUGUGUGAUCAUUUCGCACUAGGCUUAUGACUACGGUAACAUCGCGCCGCGCCGGCAGCAAUUUUCUCAACCCUUUUCACCUUUUUUAAACUUCUCGAAAUGGCUUCUUCUUGGAAAAUCAGUGUUUUUGUGAUAUUUGUUGUUUCCCAGUUAUUUGCAAAUGUAGCGUUAGCGGCAUAUGCACCAGAUGAAGUCACAAAUCUUCCGGGUUUGAAGACGCAGCCGAGCUUUCGUCACUACUCGGGUUACUUGAAUGCAUCGGGACAGGACCGGCUGCAUUACUGGUUUGUAGAAUCGCAGAAUGAUCCAGCCAAUGAUCCUGUUGUCCUAUGGAUGAAUGGAGGGCCAGGAUGUAGCUCAAUGGAUGGCAUGCUUUCCGAACUAGGACCAUUUCAUGUAAACUCUGAUGGUCAGACGUUAUAUAUGAAUAAAUACAGCUGGAAUAAGGUUGCAAAUGUCAUCUUUCUGGAAGCACCAGCUGGUGUCGGCUACUCCUAUAAUCCUACCAAGGAAUAUGCUACUGAUGAUGAUAAGGUAUCCAUGGGUAAUUAUCUUGCUCUCCAGAGUUUCUUCAAGAAGUUCCCAGAGUAUGCUUCCAAUGAUUUCUAUGUGACGGGUGAAAGCUACGGGGGCAUCUAUGUGCCUACACUCACACAUAGGAUCCUCAAUGGCAAUGCUACCAUUAAUAUGAAGGGAUUUGCCGUUGGCAAUGGUAUAACUAAUUUCACCACAAACUCUGAUUCUCUGGUCUAUUUUGCCUACUACCAUGGACUUAUUGGUCUUGAUCUGUGGAAGAGCUUGAACAAAAGGUGUUGUGAUGGGACGUAUUGUGUCUUUUCCCAAUCUACUGAUAUAGAAUGCCAGACACUUGUUGCUGAAGCCCUCAACGUUGUCUAUGACAUUGGGCUGAAUACCUACUCCCUCUACUUGGAUUGUUACAAUGGUCCGUCGUCUCUACAGAGCCCUCUGUUGACCAGAUAUCAGUUUGACAUGAUGCAUGUCUUGGGUUAUCUACCAAAGGCACCGCCUAAGUACUAUCGGCCCAUGUCUGCUAUUUUGUCAAAUAAUAAAGUUGGUUUGGUACCACCAUGCAUCAACGUCACCGGAGUGACGGCCUAUCUCAACCUUCCUAGUGUCAGGAAAGCUCUUCACAUUGCCGACGAGGUCCCUUCAUGGGAAGUCUGCAGUGAACUCCCGUACACAACUGUCUACAAGACCAUGUACUCCACCUACAAGGACAUCCUGGCUAAAUAUCGAGGCUUGGUGUACAACGGAGACACGGACAUGGCCUGCAACUUCCUAGGUGACGAAUGGUUCGUCGAAUCUCUCAACCUGAAGAAGAAGUCCGAUAGAACCCCUUGGAUGUUAGGAGAUCAGAUCGCGGGAUUUGUGAAGGAGUUUGAAGGAUUAUCAUUGGUGACCAUCAAAGGGGCAGGUCACAUGGUGCCACAGGAAAGACCAGCACAAGCUUUAAAAAUGUUUACCUAUUUCCUUCAGAAUAAACCUUUGUGAGGCAAGAUUAGGCAAUACAUUUCCAAAGAUAGAAAGUAAUUAAGUAAAGAAGGAGCUGCAAUUAGAAUUCAGCAUUUUUUAAAGUCCCAAAUGUUAGACUAUUUUUUAAUGGUAAUUCAUAUGAACUCUUAACUUGUGUGAUUCUUUCUUUGUAAGAUUAAAUGUUGGUUUUAAACACUGGAAUUUGAAGCAGAAAUUCAAUCUUUUAUUAGAAUAAUUGUGGUACACCAAAAAUGUUUUUAAACUGCGUAUGGUAUCAUGGUUUGCUGGCUGUUUACUUCGUCUUUGUCUUGAUACAUUCACUUUUGAUGUUUUCCAGAAUAUUUUUCACAAAACCCUCACAACAGGGUUUUCAACAAUGCAUUGACAUGUGUGUGAAAUUUGAUUUUCAUGCUUCAAUGAUAUGAGAGUGUUCAUGUUUUGAUGAUGGUCUUGUGAAAUGUGCCAGGAGGAGGGCUCAAGAUGUCAUUGCCAAGAAGUAGGUUCAUGGUGGUGACUCUGCACCUACCUUGAGAAGAAAAUUAUUCCAAAGAGUUUGAGAGUUCGGUAAUCUUAUAAGCAAGAAUUUUUAUUUUGUGGUCCUUUUCAGGACCAACAAUUGCCCAAGAAAGAUACAUGGUGUAUAGUGAAACCUACCAGACUAUUAUCCUUCAUCAUGGAAACCUUCAGAGUCACAAGAGUUUUUGUUAACCAAAUAUUUUUACAAAGCUGUAGGUUUUAAAUUGCCACCUUUACCAGACGAACAGCCAAUCUUGACAUUCAAAUGGGUAUUUAUUCAUUUUGUAUUUUAAUAUUUGCAAUAUCUAUGAAGUAUAUUGCAAGCAAAAUAUGAAUAACUUCUCAUUGAUUAUGUAGUUUGGCUAAGAAACAACAAUAUUUGCAAUAAUAAAUCUUACAUAUAUUUCAAGUGUAUGUUUAAAGUUUAUUGUCUCGAAGCAACUUUUAAUGGGUUGUGUAAUAAUGACGGAGCUUUCAACAAGCUAUGUUCUCAUUCUGUCAAAGUUUGUAUGUGCCAAUCAUAUUUCAUUGUAUGUUGCAACCUGUGAUGAAUUAUGUGCAUUUUUUAAGUAGAUAGGAAAUUUUACUAACACCUACAUGUGAUAUUUGUCUCGUUUGAAUCAUGAACAGUAUAUAGUUUUAUAACCGCAACAGAUAUUAUUGGACACCAAAUUUUAUCUCUAUAUAUACUACUGACAUUUGUAUAGCAACCAUCUGUCUAUCCAUAAACCAAACUUCAAUCAAAUUAAAGGAGAUCUGGAUCCCGUAACACAAAAUUUAGCGAUUAAUCGUAUGAUUGGUUUUCACGAUUGAUUGUACAUUGUAGUCACAAUGGAAUCAAUCGUAGAAAAAUGUUCUACGAUCAUUGCUAAGCUUUGUGUUACGGGCCCCUGUUCUGUGUUUCAUGUUUAUUUUCAAAUGUUUGUUUUCUGCCUGGCCCAAGAGAGUAUUUUGAUUAGAAAUUGAUUGAGUGUAGUGCCGUCACUUAGAUAGAGAUUAAGCCACCUUGAAAUUAUUUUUGUAUGUUAUAAUUUUUGUAGAGUUUUAAGAUUCUCACUACCUCUCUGUACCUCUCCCAAUUGCAAUAGACCCAGAAAAAUCCAAUUAUGCACAAAUGUACUGGUUGUAUAUGAAGGUUAAUGAAAACUUCAAUUUAGACAUGAAUUACAGUCUAUAUUUAGGACGUCUUAUGACAAUCUUUCAUCUAUCAUCCUGAUUUAAAGGAUAAAUGUCUUACAGCACAGAAACAUUUUGAGUUGGAUAGCAACCCUUAAUUGGUCGUGAGUCAGGGAUUUAAAUCCCCUUUUGGUUUUCUAGAUUAUUUGGGUCUUGCUGUGAGUCCUGUAUCUUGGAAUCUAUUAUUAUGCCCAUUUUCCAAGGAUUUACCCCUGAUGAAUGAAUACCGUGGAAUUAUUUUUUAUAUUCUAAUAAUGGAGGCAAUUUUUUAAGAAGAUAGAUUUAUUCAAUGAUCAUCUCUUUUUUGUUUUUAUCAUAGAGUGAAAGCAGUCAUGAUUUUUUUUUUUUUUGGGGGGGGCAUAAAAUUAGAAGAUAAAUCAUUGUUGUCAAUUUUCCUUUCUUUGCUGUAAUGUUUAUUGAUGAAAUGGAUAAGUAGAGGCUGUAGAUAGUUGAAAUGGGUUUACUACGUGUGAGUGUUGGAUGUUAUUUUUAAGUUAUUCACCUGUGUAAGCCAUAAUCUAUAUUAAAAUGCUCAAUCAAUUAUAAAACCCAGAUUUUAUUGGAUGAAAUUUGACUCAUUGUUAGUUGUCUGCUGCUUUGUAUUAUGUAUGUCAUAAUUACCAAACACGAAAUAGUUCUUGGAUGAAAUAUUGUUAAAAGUAUUAUGAUAUGAAAUUUGAAAUAUAAAUCAUGACAAAUUGUGACUUGCCCUUUUACAGUGAUGUUUCAGUCUAUAUUGCGAUAUAUAAAAAUAAUGUUACCAAGUUACCAAAUGAUUGAUUAUUACUUACUGAUGCUCAUCAACAGCUUUUAUUAAACCACUUUAUAUUAUGCAAACCUUUUAAUACAUACUUGUAUUUAGAUAAAUCUACCAGCAAACUGUCCUUGAAUUGGCCAUAAUAUUAUAUGUUUAUAUUUGACAAACUAAAUAACUCAUUUAGCAUCCUUGAAGUUUAUUGAUGUAAUGAAAGAAUCGGAAUGAAGUUUUAAGUGUAAGAGGAUUAUCAUCUUGUUUCUUCAUUUUACAUUCUGAUUUCUUUGCCAUCAUAUGAAAUAAACCAUACCAGAGAUAAA